AAGGACAUUUCGGCUUGGUCGGAUUCAAACACUCGAAUAAUCAACAUGGGUCGCGCUAAACUGAAACUGGAACUCAUGUCCAAUUCAAGAUCUCGCAGAAUCACCUUUGAGAAAAGAAAGAAGGGACUGCUAAAGAAGGCCGAGGAAUUCAAAAUCCUUUGCGGGGUCGACACGUGUGUUAUUGUCUACCCAAUGGGGUUGUCCGGUGAUGGUCUGGUCGAGCCAGAGAUCUGGCCGCCGAACAGUAAGGAGGUGGAGCGCAUCGUCUGCCGCUAUCGAAGUGAGGCCCAAGAUCGCCGUGCCAAGCACGCCACGGGACUGCGCGAGUUCUUCACAAGCUGGAAAAAAAAGAUUGAUGUAGAGCUGGCCGAGGUCCGCAAGGCCAACUUGGAGGCCAAGUAUCUGGUCUCGGACGAGUUCCUCAAAGAUCUCUCAGAGCCUCAAUUGAGGUCGCUCCUGAGCGCUGUGGGCGAUAGACUCGAACAAGCGAAGACGAGGCUUGCCACGAUGAAGGAAAAGAGAAGGGUCGAGAUGGCGGCACCAAGUGACUGGACCGUUCCCAAUGGCGGAGUAGACCUCUAUGCAAGCAAUGCAGGCUUCAUGCAAGACGGGGUGGUCGAAGCCGGACUGCGUUUCGAGUCCCUAUAUCAACAGGACAAUUCAGUCAGAUCAGUCCAUGAAUAUUUGCUACCAUUGAGUUCCUCACUGCCUGAGUAUUCAACGCAGUUCGGACCCUCGAGAGGUGACUAUUCUUGGUGCAACACUGUCAAUGAAGUUCAGAUCAGAGCAUGAUGUGUGACCCCUGCAAGAAAUUUUUGACACCAGAUUGUUUUUCAUGAUCAGGCUCAAUUCUUCAUUGACCCAACCUAUUCCUAAGUAAUCCACUGCUACAAGAAGCCGCUUAAAGGGCCAACAGGAGUCAUCCGUCGUUUUAGUUUUCAUUCAACUGUUUUUUGUUUUUUACCUGUCCAAUAAAAGCUUCGACGCGAUCAGACCGGGCUUAACGGUGAUUUUGCACUACUUGUACAGAAAAAUCUUAAUAAAGUUGGCAGAGUUGACAUUCA